ACCAAUGCAAAAAACAUCGAAGAAACUUAUCCCAGAAGCCGAGAAUAACACUCUGGAAUCUUUAUAUUUACCAUAUAUUCAAAAAGAGCAACCUAAUUAUGAGACUCUUUGUACUAUACUUCGACGGUUUGAACACUAUUUUUUUGAUAGACAAACAAAUCCUAUCUGGGAAAUUAAUAAUUUACAGGAAUGCAUCGAAGAAACUUCGUUUGCUAGCAGGAGUGCAGUCGAUUGGUUGACUAAACUUAUCGCUUCACCUCUAGACUGGAUACAAGUUGAUUUACAAAGAGAAGAAGUAAUAGAACGAGCUGCAAAAUGUAUUGCGGCAUCUUGCGGUAUAGCUGCAUCUGGUCCGAUUACAAGAUACUGGAGUUUUCCGGCAACACCAGGAGACAAUAAAUCCAUAACAUUAAAGAUUCGUGAUUCAACUUUACUUGAUGACGAUGUUGGCUUUAAAACAUGGGGCGCCGCCUAUUUACUAGCAAAGAUGUGUAUUUCUGGUCAAGCAAUGCCUUUGAACAAAAUUCAAUCGAAAUUCAUUCUCGAGAUUGGAGCAGGAACAGGAUUGGUCGGAUUAACAUGCGCAAUGAUUGGAUGCUCAAAUGUAUUACUCACGGACUACCAUUUAAAUGUUCUCUCUAAUGUUGUAUAUAAUGUUAAUUUAAAUCAAUUACAAAAUUCUGUUAAAGUGGAAAAACUUGAUUGGGAAGAAAUAGCUAAUUGUGUAGAACAAAAAUUACAACAAAAAUUUGAUAUUAUCGUAGGAGCAGAUAUAGUUUAUGAAGUUGUACAUACCAAUUGGAUACCAAAAGUAAUCAAACAGUUUAUGACAAAAGACGGAAUUUUUUAUUUAAUGAUUCCACUUCGUCCAACUCAUACUUUGGAAGUAGAAUUGUUUGAACGGUGUAUGGAAGAACAAGGAUUCAUUUUACAAUACCAACAGGAUCAACCAGGUUUGGAUGACUUUAAUGGUGUACAUAACUAUCGAUAUUAUGAGUAUAGAAAUUAA